AGAAAGAAACUCAAUUGUUCUGUUCUAUUCUCUCCUCUCUACGAAACGUCUCUUUCCUCCACUACACAAAAUUGAAAAUUCCCUCUCCCCUCCUCUCUCUCUCCUCUCUCUAUAUAAACCAUUUCAGCUCCAGUGUUUUUCAUUUUACGCUCAAUUCAGUCAUAAUUCCGUCAAACUCUUUUCAACCCAAAAUUCUUGGAGCUUUUUUGGUCAAAGCUCCUCCAUGGGAUAUCAGGUUUUGGUGGCUCUCGCGCUGUCACUCGUGGGUGGACUCAGUACUUCAUUCGGUGCACUUUUAGUAAUUGUCAAUGAGACUCCGAAUUUGAAGAUGCUCGGGCUUUUACAGGGUUUUGCUGCAGGUCUGAUGCUAAGCAUAUCACUCCUAGAUUUGGCUCACAAUGCUAUCAACUCAAUUGGUUUUUUAAAAGGCAAUCUAUGGUUUUUUGGAGGUGUCAUAUUCUUUGCUAUCAUUGCCAAUUUUAUUCCAGAACCAACUCUUGCUCCUGUUUCGAAGAAAGAUGAAGGAGGCAAGGACACUUUGAAAAAGCAUCGCCGACAAGUUUUAUUCAGUGGGAUAGUAACAGCAAUAGGCAUAAGUUUACACAACCUUCCAGAAGGAAUGGCCGUGUUUCUUGGAUCAAUGAAGGGCCUUCGUGUUGGUGUGAACUUGGCCUUGGCCAUUGCCUUACACAACAUCCCAGAGGGUGUUGCUGUUGCGCUUCCUGUUUAUUUUGCAACACAGAGCAAAUGGCAGGCAUUCAAGUUGGCAACGCUUUCCGGUUUAGCUGAGCCUUUGGGUGUCGUAAUUGUAGCCUAUCUAUUCCCAAGCAGCUUGAGUCCUGAAAUUCUUGAAGGCCUGCUCGGAUCAGUUGGUGGAGUGAUGGCUUUUCUAACUCUCCAUGAGAUGCUGCCCUUGGCUUUUGAUUAUGCGGGGCAGAAGCUAGCCGUCAAGGCAGUGUUUUUAGGAAUGGCCUUCAUGUCUGCAAGCCUUUACUUUCUUGAAAUCAGCCUACCACAGGAGAUGAGCUUUUAGCUGUAAUCUACGGGUCUUGUCCAAUGUUAUUCUCGUCUUGUACAACUCGGUACUGCCACGAUAAGUAACUGGUGCUGGAUACCGUACUGAGUUCAGAUCGCCGUUAAUAGAUCAUACGGUUUCUAUUGAGAGAUCUAAACCAGUCACAAGUUAGUUACAACAGUAAAUAGUUAAUUGUGGUAUUUGUGUAAUUAGUUGAAGAAGAUAAGGGUACUGAUGUAAUGAGCCUCUGUGGCUAUAUAUAUUCCUGUGUACUGUCAAUUAAGCUUAUCAAUGAAAAUAUCCCUUUUUAACAAUUUC